CUGGAAGUUUUCCUGCGAGCUCCUUCUUCACAUGUUGAAGAGUCCCGCUCAUCGACAUGGACAUGUGGCCGCUGGUGCUCCUGUUCGUGCAGCUCUGCUUCUGCUCCGGGUAUGAAGGGUCAGGACAAUACGCCAAUGGAGACGAUGAGGACUGGCAUUCUCGUAGAUAUAAAGGGACACCGUGGUGUGCGCCUGUUAAGUUGAAACAUGGAGACGUGAGCUGUCGUGCGCCCAGAGGAGAACACUACAGGAACGUGAUGGGGACUCGCUGUAAAAUCCGCUGCAAGCAGGGAUACGAGUCCCAGAACUCAGAGGUGGUGUGUAUGGCCAACAAGCAUUGGUCCUCUAACUACGCCUGCCGAGAGAUCCGCUGCCCCAAGCUGAGCAUGCCCGCUAACGGCGGGUACAAGUGUUCAGACGGCUCCUACUUCAACUCUCGCUGCGAGUUCAUCUGCUCCCCUGGAUUCAGUCUGAAGGGCUACAAGACGGCAACCUGCCAGCACAACAAGGUGUGGAGCGCUGAAGUCCCCAUCUGUGUUGAUAUGGAUUCCCCAAAAAUCAAGUGUCCUACUGUGAAGGAUAAGUGGGCAGAGCCUGGAAAACUGACAGCGAGGGUGAGCUGGGACACACCCGAGGGUGUAGACACUGCAGACGGCAUCCUUACAGACGUUAUCCUGAAAGGGAAACCUCCGAAAUCAGACUUCCCGGAGGGGCUCCAUAAAAUCUCCUACACUGUGUUUGACCGUGCAGGGAACAAAGGAUCCUGUCGCUUCACUGUCAGAGUGCGAGUGCGCCGCUGCAGCCCGCUGUUUGCCCCAGACAACGGUUAUAUGAAGUGUGACAGUGACGGAGACAACUACGGAGCCUCUUGUGAGUUCAAAUGCACCGGCGGCUACGAGCUGCAGGGCAGCGCGGCCAGAGUGUGUCAGUACGGCUUCACCUGGUCCGGCUUAGACACCACCUGUACAGCCAUGAACAUUAACGUGGGAGUGCGUACAGCUGCUGCACUGCUGGAUCAGUUCUAUGAGAAACGACGGCUUCUCAUUAUCUCGGCCCCAACGGCUGCCAAUCAUAAUUACCGCUUCCAGAUGACUAACUUACAGCAUGCUCAGUGUGGACUGGACCUGAGGCACGUCACAGUGAUUGAGCUGGUUGGGACUUACCCUGCUCAAAUUGGCCGAAUUCGACACAGACUGCUCCCUCCACCAUUGUCCCUGCAAGUCAGGUUACUGCUCCAGAUUCCUCAAAGGUCUUUCCAAAUGGUGCUGGUCGACAAACAGGGCAUGGAUAAGCAGCGCUACCCGUUCCCGAUCACAGCAGCUGAAUUAUUCACCACCAUCGACACCUUCCCCCUCCGCAAGGAUGAGAUGGUGCUACAGCAGGAAGCGGGCCAGACGUGUCAAUCAUAAAACACAUCAACGGACUGUCAGCCAUCUUUGAUCCUUCCCCUCCUCCGAAACAGCAGACCGUCACACACUCCUACCUGAAAUCAUUCAGGCCUGUUUCCAGAAGGUGUGUGAGUGCGUGUGUGUGUGUGUGUGUGUGCGUGCGUGUGCUGUUCUGAAGCAUUAUUGAGGUUUACUAAAUGGAAGGGGUCAUACAGUACAUUACAAUCAUAUUGAUUCCUGUGUCUUGUCUAUCUUUAUGUUUUAUUAUUAUUAUUUUUUAAUAUUUUCAAAAGCCAUAUGUUUUACUAUUUUUUACAAAAAAGUAUUUUUACUGUAUGAACUGGGAAACUUUUCACCUGUCUAAUAUUUAUGUCUCACUUCUUUUUAAUAAUGAAAGUACACUCUCUGGAAUACUGUAUGUGUGUUUUUUGUACAGGACAGUGAUCUUGCUGUUAGUACGCUGUACAUCUACGUCAGAAUCUACAAGACACAGAUUAAAUAUGUCUAUCGGC